CAGUUUCGUUGAGCGGUUGAACACGUACGGUAUCCAGAGUAAACAACAAUGGCGACUGCAGGUGCUCCUAAAUCAAAAGAUUUCGAUAAUAAAAUCAACGAAUCAUUAUUUGACAAGCCUUUAGAUGACACCUGCACUAGACAGUGGGGAUUGAAGAUUCUACGGUUUUCAUCACAGUAUAAUAACACAUCAUGGUCAGCAAACAGUGUUCUUGGACCGCCCAGGGUUUAUCCACAGUAUGGAGAUAUUGGAGGAGCAUGGGCCUCAGAUGAAAUUGAUGCUGCUCAAUUCAUAGAGAUACAAUACAAAAAGAAACUGUAUGUGAAGAGAAUAGAUAUAUACGAGACAUACAACUCAGGUGGAGUCAUGUUAGUAUCAGCAUUGAGUCCCAAGGGUAACUGGGUAACACUCUGGCAUAAGGAUGCACCAGAAGUUAUUGACAAUAGCAGAAUAUUUGCGCCUCCCCUGAAGAAAACUGACUUCAAGACAGAUAGCCUCAGGUUGGACAUUGACUGCAGUGCAGCUAACAGUUGGUGUGAAAUUGAUGCUGUAGAAAUGUAUGGCAGAGAACAUAGAAUAGAUCCCCCAUCUGAGCUUGGCACAAUGGCAGUAGAUCUUGCCACUCUCAUAAACAGUGAUCUCUUCUGUGAUGUCAUAUUUGAUAUUGACGGCCACAAAGUUUGUGCACAUCGUGCGAUCCUAGCUGCAAGGAGUGAAUAUUUCCGCGCAAUGUUCUGUGAUGGAAUGAAGGAAUCUAGUGGACAAUACAGAGGCCCAUUUGUAAAGCCUGAUGAAAUGAAAGCAAUUCCAUUACCUGAGAUAAGCUAUAAUGCUUUUAUGGGUAUACUGUCAUAUCUCUAUACCAACAAUUUGAAGCAAGAUCUCCAUCCAUUUGUACUGGUGGAACUCCUUAGAGCUGGUGACCGACUGAAUAUGGAGACUUUACGUCAUCUUGCGAUAUUCUACCUAAAUGGUAAAAUGAAGGUUAAAAAUGUGGUAGAUAUUUACAGAGAAGCCACUGAAAAGCUCCCAAUCCUAGAUGAUGUGCGUUCCAUGUGUCUAGACUUUAUCAGCUACAAUUUUGCAGCCGUUACUAAAUCUCGAGCAUUUUGCAACUUACCUCAAGACCUUAUGUUAGAAAUUAUACAACAGACUGCAAAGGACUUGUCUCUUGAAGAUUAAAUGUUAUAUGGGUUAUCUUGUAAUUUGAUGGUUUUUGAUGGUGGGUAAUUUAGGAUCAUGAAGAAAGUUGAUUUUUGGAAAUUUAAGUGAUAGACACAGCAACAUUUUCAACUUCAGGGGUGGGGGAUAUCAUCUUUUUUUUGUUGUACAUUAGCUCCAGGUAUUAAAACACAAUUAUUUAAUAUCGUAUAAUACUGUAUUCCUUGAAGUAAAGUUAGGAGGGAAGGAAAUUAUUCCCUGAAUUGAAUAAGGUAUUUUUUGCCAAAAUGUGAUAGAAACAACCAAAAAUAUGUAUUUUUAUAUAUAUUGUAAAGGUCUCGUAUGUACAGAUUUACAUAGAUUGUGAGGUUUUACAUAUACUAAUGUAUAAUGACAUUUUACAUAUACAUUGUAUUUGAUGUCUAUAGACAAAAUCUAUCUAGACAAAAUAUUAUUGGUCUAGUUUGGAAUUUUUAAAGGAAAUGAAAAUAAUUUAUGUAUAUUUUAUACAUUUAUAUACCUUUAGAUGUACUAUUAUAGUAUUUAUUUAUAUAUGUAUAAUAUGAUACAAGUCUUGAUUAAAAAAGAAUUUUUAGUACAUGUAGUAACAGGAACAGUAUUUACUUUUUAUUGUACAAAAUUAUGUAUAAGCUAUCUCAUGUAUAUACAGCACAGUUGUAGAACCUGCUAGGUUAAACACCUCUGUAAGUGGAACACCU